CUGUCCGCAGUCUCUGGUCAUCCCUGUGCUGUCCGCAGUCUCUGGUCAUCCCUGUGUGCUGUCCGCAGUCUCUGGUCAUCCCUGUGCUGUCCGCAGUCUCUGGUAAUCUCCUUUACUGUCUGCAGUCUCUGGUCAUCCCCUGCACUGUCUGCAGUCUCUGGUCAUCUGUACUAUGUCCACAGUCUCCUGUACUGUGUCCGCAGUCUCUGGUCAUCCCCUGUACUGUGUCCGCAGUCUCUGGUCCAUCGCCUGUACUGUGUCCGCAGUCUCUGGUCCAUCGCCUGUACUGUGUCCGCAGUCUCUGGUCCAUCGCCUGUACUGUGUCCGCAGUCUCUGGUCCAUCGCCUGUACUGUGUCCGCAGUCUCUGGUCCAUCGCCUGUACUGUGUCCGCAGUCUCUGUUCCAUCGCCUGUACUGUGUCCGCAGUCUCUGGUCCAUCGCCUGUACUGUGUCCGCAGUCUCUGGUCCAUCGCCUGUACUGUGUCCGCAGUCUCUGGUCCAUCGCCUGUACUGUGUCCGCAGUCUCUGGUC